AGGGGGGGGCGGAGCUCCUCGCGCCCGAGGUUUUGGGACCCUGCUUGGUCUCUUCUCUCCCAGAACCGAGCGCGGCGGCCGCAGCUGGUCCUGCGCUCCGGACCAAAAGCCGCCCCCGCCGCCGCUGCAGCUUUCCCGGCUCCGACGCGUGCCGAGCAGCUGCAGAAAGGCCGCGCUUUGCAAGCUUCCAUGUGUUGCCGGAUCGGCGCAAGACAGCUUCCGUUGGGGAUGAAGAAAUAACAAGGAGAAGAACCAUCUCUGCCAUACCAGGAAUCUUAAGAAUAAAAGAAGUGAGUCUGACGGCGCUUAUGGAAGAUUUCCUUGGACUCCAAGGUUCCUGGGACUGAGGAAAUACCUACAGAUCUCCAAAACGAGUGUAUCAGGUGGCGGAUUUUGUUCCAAGUUCCUCUGAGUCAUCAUGACUGGGAAAAUGGCCUCUAGCCUGACGUAUGCCGGAGUGAUCUGGGCCUUGCUUUCCUUCCUUUGUGCUGGAGCCUCCUGUGUGGGUUUCUUCAUGCCUUAUUGGCUGCUGGGUUCUCAGCUGGAGAAAUCCGUUUCUUUUGGCACUUUCCGGAGAUGUUCCUAUCCUGUUCGAGAUGAGAGCCGCCAGAUUACAGUAAUGGUGGAGCAGUGUGGACGUUACGCAUCCUUCCAGGCCAUUCCAAGUGUGGAAUGGCAGAUCUGCACAGUGGUGACCGGCCUGGGCUGUGGCCUGCUUCUUCUAGUGGCCCUCACUGCACUUAUGGGAUGCUGUGUCUACGAGUUGAUCUCCAGGACUGUGGGCAGGGUGGCUGGAGGCAUCCAAUUCUUAGGGGGUUUGUUGAUUGGUUCUGGGUGUGCUCUCUAUCCUCUGGGCUGGGACAGUGAAGAAGUCAGACAAGCCUGUAGCAAUCUUUCCGACCAGUUUGAACUAGGCACCUGUCAAAUUGGCUGGGCUUACUAUUGUACAGGAGGAGGAGCUGCAGGGGCAAUGUUGAUAUGCACUUGGCUGGCCUGUUUCUCUGGCAAGAAACAAAAACAAUAUCCUUAUUAAAGCCAGAGCAAAACAGAACAAAAGAAAACAGUUUUGGGGAGAGGGGUGGGGUGGGGGAACAGUUUGUAUGUUUUCUUGAGAAGAUGCGUAUUAACUCUUUUAUUGUAGCCAGAUAAAUGCAAACAAGAGUCAGUGAAGUUGGAACUGAUGUGUGAUACUGUGAAUAGGAAUGGGGGUCUUAAGGAGAAUCUCAGAUUGAGAAUCUUAGCGGGGAAGGGGCUAAGUUCUAACUCUAUUCUUCCUAGCCGUUUAUGGGCAUCGUCCAACCACAUGAAGUAUCCCCUCUCAUGAAGGGUGUGGAGAAGGGAUUGGAUUUUAGCACACCAUCAGUUGAAAAGAGUUGAAAAACACCUUCAGAGACAAGGAUUGGGCCUCAGAAAAGUUUCUCAACAAAUAGAGAAGAAAGGGAACAUUUCUUCCCCUUUGUAACCUGCAGGUACUGUGGAGCAAGAGCCAAUUUUCUUACAAGGGUGGCUAUCACUUGCGUAUCUAUAGGGAGACCUGUUUUUAGGCCUUAAUACAGUUUGCCUUUAAGGGCAUCACGGGCUGGGGAUUGGCCUCCUGCAGAGUAUGUUUUUUCUUUUGAAUUUGAAUUUGAAUCUGAAUCUGAAGUAGGCAGGGGCCUUCUUUGUGGGGACUCUUUAAAAGCACAGCUUCCUACAUUUGCACAGACACUUUCCCCUCAAGCAUACACAACAAACGUUCAGCCUCGUGGAUCAGGUUUUUUUCUCAAUGUACAGCCUUCAGGUAUUUGACCAAUCUGCCUGUAUAUAUGUGUGUGUAUGUGUGUAAAACAAAGCAGUUUGAGCAGUAAAUUGCUGUGGCAGUUACUGUUACUCAGGCAAAUUUCUAAAGCCAAUAUAAAUCUUGUCACCUCUGCCUAAAAGCACAGAAAUCCACUCUAGAUAUUUCUUUGUCUUCACCUAUGCAUGUUAUCCGCUCAUUGUUUCAUUUAUAGGAUAUAUACAGAUUUGGCCAAAUUACCUAUUUUAUAAAAGAAAUACACCUGCUUUUUCAAAUGUAAAAAAAAAACCCUGAUUUUAAUGGACGGUUGGAAACAGUAAACUGAUGAGUGUUCUGUAGAAUGAAUUUAAGACCACACGAACAUACUUUUCGACUUCCAAAUGCCUCCUUGAGGCAGAUUUUCACAUCAGAAAAAUCUGUCAUAUCACACACCUAUAGUGUGAAGUGUGAUCAGCCCUAAUUUUCAUACUAUUGUAACGCAUUCAAAAGACUUUUCAUCCAAAUGAACAAAGCCACAUACAUUGUUCCAAUGUAUUUUCCCUUGAACUUCAUUUCCCUAUACAUUUAAAAUAUUUAUUAAGAAUUUUUUAAAUAGUUUUAAGGACAAAUUUAAAAAAAGAAAUGCAAGAGAGAAAGAAAAAAAAGGGGGGGGGACUAAAUUUAAAGAAUAUGUGAUUUCUGACGUGCUUUUCAGCGGGUAAUCAUAACCUUGUUAUCCUUCCUCUCUCUUAGUUAUUAUAGGCCCCUUCAGCACCUUGUUUAAUCCUUAUCUUUCUUAAUCUUCACCAAUGUAUUUUCCCUUGAAUUUCCAUUUUCAUCUAUGAUCAAGCAUACAAACUCUUACGCCUUUUUCUUAAGAAUAGUACACACAAACCCCCCUCCUUUAUCAGGUAAUUAAAGCAAGAAAAAGGGAACAUUUCCCCUUCCUGCCAAGCUUUCCCUCUCCUCCUUCCCUUGGAGAGAAUUAACCUAGGGUGUAAAUAUGCCUUUUUCUCCUCCAGUUCCUUCAUAUAUUUACUGGGAAGGGCUAAGGGCAGCGGGGGAAAUGCCACUACCUCUGCUCGUAACUCUGUGAAGGGAAGGGUUGCACAAUGCUUGCUGCAA